UGGGAAAGAAAAAAAAAAACUUUUUUGUAUCGGAGGAAUCAACAGCCGCCAUCUUGUCGUGGUUACGAUUUAGGAUUUCGGUGCAACACUGGCUUUUACCUGAGAUAAGAGCAUCCUUGCGGAGAUAUGCCACCGUCCUUGCCCCGAAAAUGAAACCUUGACACGAACCGGGACGCGUUUGGUGCGGAAUAACGGGAAUUGGAGUGUCGGCCGUUGGUGUGUGUGAUUUCUCCUUCAGAGUGCGGCGGUUCAGCCCCUGUCGUCGGUCGUCAGCCGGACUGUUUGUUGUGGGGAAAACCUUAAGCCAGGGCGUCACUUUCGAGGUGAUUUGCGAAAAUAAUGCAUUUGUGUGGAGUUAUGCAUUUUUGUUGAGCUUUGCGCGAAUUUCUGCAUGAAGAUAUUUGACGUCACGCCAAUUUUUUUUAAUUUUAUUUGCAGCCCUAAAAUGACGCCUUUCCCCGCAGGAAUGCAGCAAUCCGUCUGAUCAGAUUCGAUAUUUACAUGGGGACUAUUGCAUGCUGGGUGAUUUAACGCUAAUAAUGUGGGUGUUGGGUGUUGGAUUAUCAUGGGGUGAAUGGCGGUGGCGAAGCGGGGCGCUGUUGGAUCUCUUUUGAAACUCUUGAGUCACACCAGCGAGUAGCCAACGCUAACAGCUACUAUAGCUGCUAGCAGCCAAUUAGUGAGCUGUUGGCUAAUGUUAGCUAGUUAUCUGUUAGCCAAUGUGUUAACCAAGAAGCUUCUGGAUACUUCAACUUAAUUGAAAUAAUUUCCAAAUUGAGAAGCCAGCUGGAGAAACUACCAACUAUGGCUGAAAACCUACUGGACAUCGGACCUCCCAACUCUAAGCGGCCGAAACUGAAUUCACCUGCGCUGUCAGCCUCUGAUGGACCAGAUCUGGGAUCUCUAUCCUGGGAUGAUUUGGAGAAUGAUCUUCCAGAUGAGUUGAUUCCAAAUGGAGGAGAGCUGGGCUUGAUGGUUGGAAUGCCUUCUAAUGGUGGAGCAGCACCACCAGGAGGAACUUCAGCGGGCCUUAACGGUGGCACCACAGUCAUCCCAGAUGCAGCUGCUAAGCAUAAGCAGCUCUCUGAGCUCCUCCGAGCUGGUAGCACAUCCAGUAUCACAGGCACAGGGAUGAGCUCAGCUAGCCCUCAGCAAGGUGGGAUCACUUCUCAACUGGGCACGCCGCUGGGGAAAAGCCCUCUUGGCCAGGGCUCCCCCAACAACCAUCCCUCCCCUCAGGCCCACAAAUCAGGAACAUCAGCUGCAGUAGCAGCGCAAAACAACAGUAAUGCAGGAAUAGGCUUUAACCAGACCAUGAUUAACAACAGUCAAGGUCAUGCUGGGCUCUUGGUCCAGGGAGGACAAUCACAACCUGGGCAGGUGAUGAAUGGUGGCCUGGGACCCGGAGCUGGACGAGGCCGAGGAGCUGCGGUGACAGGCAUGCCAUUCCAGGGUCAGACAAUGCAGCCAGCACCAGGACAAGUAGCAACUGGAAGUGCUUUGGCAGAGACUCUUACCCAGGGGGGACAGCAGAUGGGGGCUCAUGCUACACUUGGUGCAGCCCAGCAAGCAGGCAGUAUGAAUAAUAUGGGCUUGGCCAACAAUGGUGGUCCUUUUGGGGCUCAGCCGUAUGGUCAGGGUGCCACGGGACCAGGGCAGCAGCUCAACCCUCCACAGCAACUCCAAAAUAAGGCUGCCCUCUCCAACAGCCUACCAUCUUUCUCCAGUGAACUCAAAGGACCUGCUGUCACAAGUGUGCCAAACAUGCAACUUCAGCAGCAGCCUCAGCAACAGGCAGGCAUGCUGCCUCUGGCUGGGGGCGGAGCCAUGACGGUGCCUCCAGCAGGCCCCGCAGCUGACCCAGAGAAACGCAAGUUGAUCCAGCAGCAGCUGGUCCUGCUGCUUCAUGCACACAAGUGCCAGCGACGAGAGCAAGCCAAUGGGGAAGUGAGGGCUUGUGCGCUACCGCACUGUCGCACCAUGAAGAACGUUCUCAAUCACAUGACCCACUGCCAGGCUGGCAAGUCCUGCCAGGUGGCUCACUGUGCAUCAUCCAGACAGAUUAUUUCCCACUGGAAAAAUUGCACACGACAUGACUGUCCUGUCUGCCUGCCGCUGAAAAACGCUAGUGACAAACGCACUCAGCAGCGUAAGUACAAGUUACUUUGGACCACAGAGUAAAACACAGUAUUGGCCAUUGUGCAUGUGAACAGCC